CUUCCGGUGUGAGCGGCCCGGCUGGGGGGGGCAAGAUGGCGGCGGCAAUAGGGGUCCGCGGCCGGUUCGGGCUGCCGCCUUGCUCCGGACCAGGGUGGCUUCUCAGCCUUUACGCUUUGCUGAGCGUGGUGGCUCGAGGGGCCUUGGCCACUACGCACUGGGUCGUCACGGAGGACGGGAAGAUCCAACAGCAGGUGGAUUCACCAAUGAACUUGAAGCAUCCCCAUGACUUAGUCAUAUUAAUGAGACAAGAAACAACAGUUAACUACCUCAAAGAAUUAGAGAAGCAAUUAGUUGCUCAAAAAAUUCACAUAGAAGAGAAUGAGGACAGAGACACAGGACUAGAACAGAGACACAAUAAAGAAGAUCCUGACUGCAUCAAGGCCAAAGUGCCCUUGGGAGACCUGGAUCUCUACGAUGGCACAUAUAUAACUCUGGAGAGCAAGGACAUCAGCCCUGAGGAUUUUAUAGACACAGAAUCUCCUGUCCCUCCAGACCCGGAACAACCUGAUUGCACUAAAAUCCUAGAACUUCCAUAUAGUAUACAUGCUUUUCAGCACUUACGAGGUGUGCAAGAGAGAGUUAAUCUAUCUGCCCCUCUUUUACCUAAAGAAGAUCCGAUCUUCACAUACUUAUCUAAACGCUUAGGAAGGAGUAUCGAUGACAUAGGCCACCUCAUUCAUGAAGGCCUGCAGAAGAACUCUUCCUCAUGGGUACUGUAUAACCUGGCUUCAUUUUACUGGAGAAUAAAAAAUGAACCGUAUCAGGUAGUGGAGUGUGCCAUGCGAGCACUUCACUUCUCUUCCAGGCACAAUAAAGACAUUGCUCUGGUCAAUUUAGCCAAUGUUCUACACAGAGCACAUUUCUCUGCUGAUGCUGCUGUCGUGGUCCAUGCUGCUCUGGAUGACAGCGACUUCUUCACCAGCUACUAUACACUGGGGAAUAUAUAUGCAAUGCUCGGGGAAUAUAACCACUCGGUGCUCUGUUACGACCAUGCUCUGCAGGCCAAACCUGGGUUUGAGCAAGCUAUAAAGAGGAAGCAUGCUGUCCUGUGUCAGCAAAAACUGGAGCAGAAGCUGGAGGCUCAGCACAGGUCCCUCCAGAGAACACUGAAUGAAUUGAAAGAGUACCAGAAGCAGCAUGACCACUACCUGCGGCAGCAGGAGAUCCUGGAGAAACAUAAGCUCCUGCAGGAGGAGCAGAUCUUGCGCAACAUCAUCCACGAGACUCAGAUGGCCAAAGAGGCACAGCUGGGAAACCAUCAGAUAUGCCGUCUGGUCAACCAGCAGCAUAGUUUGCAUUGCCAAUGGGACCAACCUGUGCGCUACCAUCGAGGAGAUAUCUUUGAAAAUGUGGACUAUGUUCAGUUUGGUGAUGAUUCAUCAACCUCCAGUAUGAUGUCCGUGAACUUUGAUGUUCCUACAAAUCAGAGUGAUGUCAGUGAGUCUGUCAAGUCUUCUCCUGUAGCCCACUCUGUCCUCUGGGUCUGGGGCCGUGACUCUGAUGCAUAUAGGGAUAAACAACAUAUUCUGUGGCCUAAAAGAGCAGAUUGUACAGACAGCUAUCCCAGAGUCCCCCUUGGUGGGGAAUUGCCAACGUACUUUCUACCUCCAGAGAACAAAGGACUCAGGAUCCACGAACUGACCAGUGAUGAUUAUUCUUCAGAAGAAGAAGCCCAAACCCCUGACUGUUCCAUAACUGACUUCAGAAAAAGCCACACUCUGUCCUACUUAGUCAAAGAAUUAGAGGUCCGCAUGGAUCUGAAAGCCAAAAUACCCGAUGACCAUGCACGCAAAAUUUUGCUUUCCCGUAUUAAAAACUAUACUGUCCCAGAAGAAGAAAUUGGGUCUUUUUUAUUUCAUGCUAUUAACAAGCCAAAUGCUCCGGUCUGGCUCAUUCUGAAUGAAGCAGGACUGUACUGGAGAGCGGUAGGAAACAGCACUUUUGCUAUCGCCUGCCUUCAGAGGGCUUUGAAUUUAGCUCCGCUUCAGUACCAGGACAUUCCUCUUGUCAACUUGGCCAACCUUUUGAUUCACUACGGCCUUCAUCUUGAUGCUACUAAGCUGCUCCUGCAAGCUCUGGCCGUCAACAGCUCUGAGCCCCUGACCUUUUUGAGCCUGGGAAAUGCUUACCUUGCUCUGAAGAAUGUCAGUGGGGCACUUGAAGCCUUCAGGCGGGCCUUGAAGUUAACUACCAAAUGCCCAGAGUGCGAAAGCAGCUUGAAGCUGAUCCGCUGCAUGCAGUUUUACCCUUUUCUGUACAACGUCACCUCUUCUCUUUGUCGUGGUCAUUGUCAUGAGAAAAGCCUGGACAUCAGCCAUGACAAACAGAAAUAUUUUGACAAUCCACAGUCACUGGAUGCUGCUGAAGAAGAGCCCUCUGAGCAAGGAGCAGAGGAGGAGCCUGUGCUUUCUGUUGAGAACUCAGGGAGGGACUCAGAUGCCCUUAGACUUGAAAGCACAGUGGUUGAGGAGAGCAAUGGUUCUGACGAGGUGGAGAAGUCAGAUGAAACCAAGAUGUCAGAAGAGAUACUGGCUUUGGUGGAUGAGUUUCAGCAGGCCUGGCCUCUGGAAGGCUUUGGAGGAACACUAGAAAUGAAGGGGCGGCGUCUGGACCUGCAGGGAAUACGGGUACUGAAGAAAGGCCCCCAGGAUGGAGUAGCCAAGAGCUCUUGUUAUGGCGACUGCAGAAGUGAAGAUGAUGAAGCAACAGAAUGGAUCACAUUCCAGGUCAAACGUGUAAAGAAACCCAAAGGGGAUCAGAAGAAACCUCCUGCGAAAAAGGUAGAGUCCAAUCAGGCAGAAAAUGGACAGCGUUACCAAGCCAACUUAGAGAUCACUGGCCCAAAGGUGGCGUCUCCUGGACCCCAAGGGCUUCUAAACUGGAAGACCAGGGAAGUGCCAUAGACAUAAUGUAACUGGAUUUCAGCAAGGCAUUUAACAUCCUCUUAUGAUAUCCUUGUGAACAAGAUGGAGAGAUGUGGGCUCGAAGUUUCCCACUGCCUACAGGAUAAAGUGCAGACUUCCUAGUGUGGCAUUCAAGACCCUUUAUAAACCAGCCUCUCUCCACCCUUCAACGCCACCUAUGAAGCAGCCAUGCUCUUAUUUUACCCAUGCCUUUGUAUAUGCUGUUCCCUCUGCCUGGAAUGCCCUUAUACCACCUCUGCGGUGCUAACACUGCUCACCCUAAAACUUGAAAGUCAAGUGUCCUUUCUCCCUCGCUGCCUUCAGACAGAAUUAGUUGCCCUUCCGUUUGUGCAACUCUUGGGUUCCUUCUCGAGCACCAUGCUGUCACAGUGUACCAGUUUGCUUCUGUUCGCCUUCCUCACUAGCCUGUGAGCUGCAGAGCAGGCUCCCUCCUUCUGUGUGUACCCCAGCGUGUUACACAGUUCCCAGACCCUUAUAAUAGGUGCUCAAUAAAUAUUUUUUUCAAGUGAAUCUCUUAAAUAUAAAAAGAAAGUGAGCUUUAUUGUGAAAUGUUUGCUUUAUUUAAAGUUAAUUUGAAAUUUUUCCAAAUUGUUCUUUUUUGCUUUAUUAAAAUCUGAAUCUAAAUCCCUGCCUGUACCUCAAAUGUUUUUCUCAUUCCGAUAAACACCUACAGUGUAAAAAGUGCUAAGUAGAACUAAGGUUCUCCACCCUGCCCGCCCCCAUCAGAAACCCAUCCAAUAGACUUGGUUUUGUUCUUUCCUGGGGACUGAUCUGAAGUGAAGGGCUCAGACUGAAAAAGUGGGGCCUUUACUAGCACAGGAAUUGGGCACGUGUGUGUUAGAAUCAAAUAACCUGUGCCUGGGUUCUGACUCUGCACCCUCCAGCCAGAAAGCUGUUGACUGUGUUCUCCUGUGAGCAGUGAGGAUGAAAGCCUAGUGAGAUCAGGAAUUGCAAACACUGAAUUCAGCUUCUGAACACACAGGAAACACUCUUGAAAUAAAUGGUGGCCUUACAUUGUCAUCGAUCCCAUCUUGACACUUUCCGUUGUAGCUGUGAUUCUACCAGGGACAACUUUGCACCCAUGGGACAUUUGGCAGUAUGUGGCAAUAUUUCCUGGGAAGGCUAUCCUCCUGAAAUCUGUUGGGUUGAGGCCUAGGUGCUUCUGAAAUGUCCUCCAGUGCACUACAGUGUCCCUACAACAAAGCAUUAUCCAGCCCAAAAUGCCACAGUGCCAGGGCUAGAUGCCAGCUUUAGAGAUAUCUGCUCCCAUUAAGUCAGAGUUAACCUCAUAAAAUCAAAACCCAGAAGGAUAAAAAUUAAACGUGGUAAUGUUUAAUGUCUAAGAGUAUCUUAAUCCUUAUUUCAUGUUGACCAACUUCAAAUACAACAAAGGAUUCAGUUUUAUUUCAUCUUCUUUGAGAAGACCUUAUUCAGAGAGGAUUUUUAUUCCCAUUGCCAUUGAUGAUAACAUUUUAAUUAGAUCUGUUUGUCGAUGGUGCACAUCCUUAAGAUAAGAUGAAAAAUGGGCACCAGCAAACAUAACGGUUUGGGUUAUAUCAUCAAUAGGGAAAAUUGCAGCUUAGCUUCCAUUCCUUUGUACUGUGUCCAUUCAUGACAUACUUUCCUUCCAGGAAAAAAGCGUGACUACCAGAGUCUGGGAUGGCCCAGUCCAGAUGAAUGCCUCAAACUCCGCUGGGUAGAGCUAACUGCCAUUGUGAGCACCU